UCGCCGACACCGCCACGGGCCCCGCGCCCGGCCCCCCUUCCCCCCACCACGCCUGCACUUGUUGCAGACUUGGCGCCAGAUGGAAUUUUAUGACUCGCUGUAUUUUGAAUAGGACAAGGAGAUGUGUCUGAUAAGAUACAUCACUCUGAGAUCACAGAAUGACAGCAGCAUAAAAUGUUAUGGCAAAGAGAGCACAAGAAGAUACAAGAAUCUCACAAAUGCUCAAAAAUCAGGUGCUUGGCACACUGAACUUACUGAUCUGUGUAGGAUUUGUGCUGUGGUCCACUUAUUGAAGAUGUGAAGCAACGUCGAGUCUGAGGUUGGAAUUACUGACAGACUGGAGGAGAUUUUAGUCCUUGUGAUGCACAUGGACAUGCUGAAUUAUAAGUAAUUCUAGCUUCUUCUCCCCUCCCUCCCUUCCCCUCACUCAGCUAUCUCAGGGUUCAUAGAGAUUUCCAUGGUUUGCGUGCCUGUAAGUUUGGAACAGAAGUGACCAAAAAUGGGGGACCAGCAAUUGUAUAAAACUAACCAUACUGCCAACAACAAUGAGAACUUGUACUACGAACAACACCAAAUGAACUCCCUUCCAUCUCUAAAUCAUAGCUAUGGGACGUCUGUUAUGGAUGCUCCCCAGGCAUCCCCCCUCUCCCCUCAGUUUCCCCAAGAUUCACGGGACAGUAUAGCUUUGCCUGUAGGUUCAAAAAGCCUUGGUUCAAUGCAUACAUCUAGACAAACCAGCUGGACACAUUCUGGCUCAGGAAACCAUGUCCCAGCAAGGAACAAUUUGAAUAAUCAAAGCGCAGUCUGGAGCCCCCUCGGGCAGGGGGACUCCCAUGAUGGAUACCAAUAUUCUUACUCUCAACCCAGUGAAAAUCGAUCGCAAAAAAUUACCAGUGGGGUCCUGCAUAAAUUGGACUCCUUUACGCAAGUAUUUGCUAACCAAAAUCUUAGAAUUCAAGUCAACAACAUGGCUCAGGUUUUGCACACCGAGUCUUCGAUGGUGGAUAAUUCUGGUGACAGUGCACUCAGGCAGCUGCUGUCCCAGAAGCCAGCGGUUGAGCAGCAGCCUGUAACUUCCACUGUACAAAGAUAUCAACCAGUGCCACAGCAAACGCAACAGAAUUUUGCAAGCACACAGCAAAAGCAACAAAUGCAAGUCAUGCAGCACCAACAGUUGUACUACGACUACCAGCAGCACUUAUCACAAAUGCAGAUGCAUUCUGCAUUUCAGCAGGGACAGACGCACGUUCCACAAAUGCAGUCCCAGCAGCUCUUACCACAGCAGAUGCAGCACUUGCAGCAGCCUCAGUACUACGCUCAGCCACAGCAGGGACACCAGCGGCUCUCGAUCCAGGAGAUCCAGCAGCAGCAGCCAGCUCGGCAGCAGCGGCAGUGUCCAGUGCAAAUCGCUCAGUAUUACCAAACACAGCCUGUCAUGCAGCAGUUACAGCAACAGCAGCAGCAGAUGCAAUUGCCACUUCCUCCAUAUCACAGAGAACCUGAUCCAAAGACUAUGCAUGAACCACACCAGUACUCUCAGGAUCCUAGUCAUCCUGUGCAGCUUAUCCAGUUGGGAGCAGUGCCUCAGUAUUGCUUCCAAGAUCCCCAUGAACAGUACAGGCACUUGUACCCACAGAGUUUACUGCAGCAGCAGCAGCAGCAAGAUCAGCAGAAGCAAUACCAGAGCAAGAGCAGAGUGCCAUCUCUGAACUCCCACGUUGGCCUCACUCCACCAGAGACCACGGAGGAUCCUGCACGGCAGGAGGUAAAUUCUGUAGGUAAUGCCAUCCCUCAUCGAACACUUUUGCCGCCCUUGGGAGUUCAUCUGAACAACAAAAGCUCUCAGCAAGACUCUCCCAGCACCACAUGGCCUCAGCAGGUGCAACUGUCAGAAGGCAGACUGCAGCAACUGUCCCCAGAACAAAGUGGCCAGAACAGAGAAACACUUCCUGAGAGAGCUGAUGCGAAGAACAAGCUAAUGUGUUCAAUAUGCUUGAAGGAGUUUAAGAGUUUGCCUGCUCUAAAUGGUCACAUGAGGUCACACGGAGGAGUAAGAGCAUCUCCUAACUUCAAACAGGAUGAAGGAGAGAAACCACCACAGCAGCCGCUGCCUAAAGAGGUGGAUAGCCUCGCGCCCAUCGUCAUGCCAGUGUCUGUCCCUGUAAAGCUUCUGUCACCUGAGCCCAGCACGCAGCCCUCUGCCAGCGCUGCCACAGUCACAGACAAGCCUGCCAACUCUGUGUCAGAUGACGAGAUGCCCGUUCUCGUGAAGAUGACUUACUCUCCACCAUGCAGUCCAAAAGUGGCCAACCCCUGCUCAUCCUCUGAAACUAGCAAAAAACCUCAUCCAAGUGCUGUAAAAUUGGAAGAAAACUUCAAACCAUUGCAGGAUAAGAAGAAGUAUCGGCACAGACCGGAACCUCUCUUCAUACCUCCUCCUUCUUUCAACCUCAGCAUGUCCCACUCCGGUGCCACUCUGUACCAGAGUCAGCUUCGCUCUCCCCGUGUUCUGGGAGAUCAUCUGCUAGACCGGACACAUGAGCUCCCCCCCUACACUCCGCCACCGAUGCUUAGUCCAGUUCGGCAAGGGUCUGGUCUCUUCAGCAGUGUUAUCACUUCAUCUCAUAGCACCUCACAUACUCAGCUGCCACUUACUCCCCUGACACCUACUCCACGGGUGCUCCUGUGUCGGUCUAAUAGUAUUGAUGGAAGUGUCAUUCCAGUGACGCCUGGGCCUGGAGAACAGACUGUUGAACCGCGAAUCAAUAUCGGGUCCAGGUUCCAGGCUGAUAUUCCUGAGCUGCAGGACAGAUUGCUAAUGGAGAAAGACGUGCACAAGGCUACUUUGGUUUGGAAACCAUGGCCAGAACUGGAGAACAAAGUCUUCCAACAAAGAGUGGAAGACCUUUUAAAUAUGAGCUGUUCCAGUGUGUUACCUGGUGGAGGAACUAACUCAGAAUACGCUUUGCACUCUCUCUUUGAAGCGAAAGGAGAUAUUAUGGUUGCUCUUGAAAAGCUGCUGUUGCGAAAGCCAGUGAGAUUGAAGUGUCAUCCUUUGGCAAAUUACCACUACGCCGGUUCUGACAAAUGGACGCAUCAAGAAAGGAGGCUGUUCAAAGAGGCAUUGUCCACCUACAGCAAAGAUUUCAUAUAUGUACAGAAAAUGGUUAAGUCUAAGACAGUUGCACAAUGUGUGGAAUACUACUAUACCUGGAAGAAAAUCUUGCGUUUGGGACGGAAACACAGAACGCGUUUAGAGAAAAAAAGAGAUGAAUGCCUGACAAGUGGAGAAGAGGAAGUGUUAGAGGAAGAUGAGGAGAUUGAAGAAGACAGAAAGGAAGAAAGGGAAAUGCAAAAGACUCCUGACCCACCCGCUAUCCCUCUUGUUGGACCCAUAGAUCUGCCUGCUCUUCAGGGUCUUCCACUUUCUUCGUCCUCCUUCAUCUGUAAAAUGCCAAACUGUGGCGCUGUGUUCAGUUCCCGACAAGCCCUAAAUGGCCAUGCUCGCAUUCAUGGAGGUACGAAUCAGGUGACGAAAACACAAUGUGCUAUUGUAUACUGA